AGGGAGAUAGGGAAAUGGGUGUCUUUCUAAACAUUAUUCUGUUUGGGACUGAGGUCACCACCAAGACCCUUUUGGCUAAUUACCAUCUUGAUCUCUUCCAGACUGAGGUGGAGGAAACCCUAAAGAGGAUUCAGAGCCAUAAAGGGGUUAUUGGAACUAUGGUUGUCAAUGCAGAAGGCAUUCCAAUCCGAACAACCUUGGACAACUCGACAACAGUUCAGUACGCCGGUCUUCUUCAUCAGCUGACCAUGAAGGCCAAGAGCACUGUUCGUGAUAUUGACCCUCAGAAUGACCUAACUUUUCUUAGAAUCAGAUCAAAGAAACAUGAAAUCAUGGUUGCUCCAGAUAAGGAGUAUCUUCUGAUUGUCAUUCAGAAUCCAUGUGAGUAG